UUUCGGUUCAAAAUGAACUUCCUAAUUCUAGCCUUGACGGCAACGUUAGCGUACGCUCUACCUCAAUUCUACGACUUCGACGUAGAAAAGUCCUUGCCGUUUGAACUCCACGAGCCCCUGUUCGAUGCCCCGGUGGACGAGAAAAAAGACAGCAGUCAAAAAGUAAGUGGCUCCGGUAGCUUCGUUGCCAAAAAGUUCGAACCUGCUCCGGAAGCAGCCUUCAGGGAAGCCCCGAACAGUCCGAACCUCUACUACUCCCCAAGCGCUGGCAGGUACAAGCCUCUGGAAGAACUGAACCCGCUGGAAAAACCCACACCUAAGAAAAAUAAGGAAUCACCGAAAUUCGAGGGGGCGGCGUCUAAGUUUGAUGAGCCACAGUUCAAGAGCUUCGAGCCGUCUAAGUUUGACCACAGCGAGGACAGCUAUAAGCCUCUAGAAGAAUCUAAGAGCUUCGCGCCUAAGUUUGAGUAUGAUGAGUACGGAUACAGCCCCAAGCAGAGCUAUACAGGCAACAAGCCCAGUGAGAUUCACUCUCAUGCCAAGAACUCCUUGCCUAGUUACGACCAUAGUUAUAAACCCUUAGAGUACGCCAAGACGUACGUCCCAAAGUACGAUCAUAACGACUAUACUCCUAAAGUGAGCAGUGACAAUGAUGACUAUUCUUCCAGUCAAGGCCCUAAACAAAAUCAAGUUCAAGUAAAGGGAGUGACGAGUGAUCCCUUUGAAGGACAUGAGCCCAAAUCUGCUUUCGACGAUGGUGAGCCCAAGAGCACGUUCGACGAAGAAGAGCCUAAAGAAUCGUUCGUAGCGCCGGAAUCAGGCUCAACUAAGGACGACUACGUCAUUCCUGACAUUCCUAAGGACGCCUUCAAGGACGCGUACAGCGGGGCAAACAAAGGGGCUUUCGAGGUGCCGAAGGCGGCUUUCGGUGAGCAGGAGAAGGACUUUGAUGGCAUCGACGGUUACGGGGAGUACCAAAGGGAGAGCAGUGCUCCGAAGGCGCAGCAUGAGCAGAUUGUGGUGAAGCAGGUGCAGAAGCCGGUGGUGGUUGCCCCUGUGGCUGCUACCACCCCGCUUGGGUAUGAGCUUUCGUUUGACAAGGGCAGGAAAGAGGAUGUCUACAAGUCCAUCUACGACAAACCAGUGGAGAGAGAGCAAGAAUCUAAGAGAAAGGUGAAGCACAAGCAGGAGACCAGAGAAGACAUUGAGCACGAGGAGGAGUCCAGGCAGGAGUUUAAACAGCAGAAUGACCACCGGGCCCUGACUGGAGGUCAAGGAUCCCAUGCUGAUAUCUCAGAUCACAGUUUGUUUGGAGGAAAUGAUCACAGCAAAGGGCAUGAAAACAAUGGUGCUCAUAGCAACAAUCAUGAGUACCAUUCUGGAGCGCUCGGCUUGGAGCAUCUCAGCCACGGUCACGGCCAAAAUCAUGGUCGCAGCCACGGGAGCCAUGCUAAUCUAGGAAGCCACAUCGGUCACCAUGGCAGCCAUAUCGGUCACCACGGCAGCCACAGCGGUCACCAUGGAAGCCACAGUGGACAUCACGGAAGUCACGGGAACCUGGGCAGCAGUCACCACAGCAGCGGCAUUGGAAGCCAUGGCUCUCACUCCCAUCACCACCCGCAGGCGACGAACAAUAAUGAUUAUGAUACCAGCAGCAGUGAAGGGGGGUCCCAUGAGAGCAGUUAUGAGAUCGGUAAUGAUGCUCAACAGAACAAGGAUGAGCCUGCGAACAUAAACACCUUCUACGACCCCGAGAACCCCUUGAAUCACAAAGUGGAGUCGCGCAAGGAAUACAAAAGGGGUGACCACGUAAUUGGGGAGUACACCGCCAAGGGGUCCGACGGGGUCUACAGGAAAGUGAAGUACCAAUCGGGACCCCAUACCGGAUUCGAGACUGUCUACAACGUGCAGGCCGUGGCCGCCCCUAGAGGCGGCACGUAGCUACUUGCAUGUGUGUGAUCUUUGUUGUUAAGUUUUAACAUUUUUUUAAUACAAAC